CCUUGCGCAGAUUUUCUAGGAAGUUAAGCAAGAGAAGAAAGCAGAAACGUCUACUCUUACCUCUUUAAUCUUCCUCAGUUUCCUCACCAGCCAUGUCAUGCCAAAGUGAUCCAUCCAGAGAGACCUCUCCACAAAGAAAACUGGGUAGGGGGAAAAUUGAGAUCAAGAGGAUUGAAAACACCACAAAUCGUCAGGUCACCUUCUGCAAGCGCCGCAAUGGUUUGCUGAAGAAAGCCUAUGAAUUAUCUGUUCUCUGUGAUGCUGAAGUUGCCUUGAUCGUCUUCUCCAACCGUGGCCGUCUUUAUGAGUAUGCAAAUAACAGUGUCAAAGAGACAAUUAAGAGGUACAAAAAGGUAAAUUCAGAUUCUGCGAACACCGGCUCUAUUUCAGAAGCCAAUGCUCAGCACUACCAACAGGAAGCAUCGAAACUGCGUGCACAGAUCAGUAAUUUGCAGAACUCAAACAGGAACAUGCUUGGUGAAUCUUUAGGGUCGUUGAAUCUGAGGGACCUCAAGAAUCUAGAAAGCAAGGUUGAGAGAGGCAUUAGCAGAGUCCGAUCCAAAAAGAAUGAACUUUUGUUCGCGGAAAUUGAGUUCAUGCAGAAGAGGGAGGUUGAUUUACACAGCAACAAUCAAUACCUUCGAUCAAAGAUAGCUGAAACUGAAAGAGCCCAGCAUGACAUGAACUUGAUGCCUGGGAGCUCUGACUAUGAACUAGUGUCAGCUCAGCCAUUUGAUGCUAGGACUUUCCUCCAAGUUAAUGGGCUGCAAUUAAAUAAUCAUUACCCUCGCCAGGAACAGAGGCCUCUUCAACUAGUCUGAUAUUGCUUAAUGAGGUUGAGAUUUCUCCAUCUCUCAUUUCUUGUUUGGAAGUUCUGUCGCUAAGCUUGCCAGCAAGGACUAAAUUCUUCAAGAAAUCUGGGGAUUGAUCGGUGUUGGUGGAGGCGAAGCUUCAUUCUUAAAAUAAGUAUGCUGUUGGACAGAAUAUAUAGUCCAUUUUCUUCCAAUUUCUAUUGAUAACAUCUUUCUUCUUUACUUCCCAAAUGAUUAUACUUAUAAAUGCUUAUAACUAUUCCUCCACGUUGUUAUACUCUUUUGAACUUCUAUGGAAGGAAUCGAAAGCGUGAAAUACUA